GGGGCCAUGGAGCAGCUCUUAACUUUCUGUUUCAGUGACUCUUGGGUGAACUAAGCGUUCUCUGCUCACAGAGCGAUAUUUUACUUUUUGUUUAGACGUUUCUGAGACACAGCAGCGUUGUUCAUCCUACAGUGUGAAGAUGGGUGAGUUUAUAGAGGACUACGACAAUAUUACUGUUGAAGAAAUUAAAGAAACACUGACCCAUGAAGAUCUUCCAUCAGCUGUCAGCAAGAUUAAGGAUUAUUUUGAACAGCAAGACCGCGUGGAGCUGAACAUUGCUGUGACAGGAGAAUCCGGCUCUGGAAAAUCCACCUUCAUCAAUGCUUUCAGGGGAAUGGGGGAUGAGGAGGAGGGCUCUGCAGAAACUGGUGUUGUAGAGACCACUAAGUUUCCCACACCUUACCCACAUCCAAAAUACCCAAAUGUCAAAUUGUGGGAUCUCCCUGGCAUCGGAACACCCAACUUCAAAGCUGAUCAAUAUCUUAAACAGGUUGAAUUUCAGCGCUAUGAUUUUUUCAUCAUCAUCGCAUCAGAUCGCUUCAGAGAAUGCCACGCCAAUUUAGCAGCAGAGAUAGUGAAAAUGAACAAGAAGUUCUACUUCAUUCGCUCAAAGAUUGACAGCAACAUUGCUGCUGAGCAAAGAAAGAAGAAGAAAGUAUUCAAUGAGAAAAAUAUACUGGAUGCUAUCCGAAAAGACUGCAUUGAAGGGCUGGAAAAGAUUGGUGUAGAUUCUCCUGUGGUCUUCCUGAUCUCAUGCUUUGACCUUGCUCUCUAUGAUUUCAACUAUCUUGAAAUGACCAUGGAGAUGGAACUUCCCCAGCACAAGAAACAUGUGCUGAUGCUGGCCCUUCCAAACAUCACUCUGGAGAUCAAUGAGAGAAAGAAAAAGGCACUGCAGAAAAAUAUAUGGAAGUUGGCUCUGCUGUCUGCUGGUGUUGCAGCUGUUCCCAUCCCUAUAGCGAAUGCAGCUGUUUCAAUCAUUGUAGAUGUGACGAUUUUGGUGGUAGAGCUUAAAAGAUACUACAAUGCCUUCAGUGUUGAUCCUGCCUCCUUGCAGAGGCUCUCUGACAGAUCAGGAAAGUCAGUAGAUGAGCUAAAAGCAGUAAUGAAGUCUCCUUUGCAUGCAGAAAUAAACAAAGAUCUGGUUGUUAAGUUGUUGGCUGGCUGCACUGUUGGUGCUUUAGAAGCAGCAGCAGAAUUUUGGCUGGGUCUCAUCCCUGUUGUGGGAUCUCUGGUAGCAGGUCCACUUUCUUUUGUCACAGUGUAUUUCACACUGAAGAGCUGUCUUAAUGGACUGGCUGAAGAUGCCCGCAAUGUGCUCAUGGCUGCUCUGCAAACUCCAGUUUGAAAACAAGUGUAUUCUGUAUAAAUUCUGUAAGGUACCUUUAUUUAUCACUGCCUGUCCUAAAAACUUGUCUAAUGUCCCCAUAACAUCAUGGCCUAAGCAAUGAUCUGAGCUGAAUUAUAGUCGCUUUUCUUUAAAAUUCUGAUCCUCGUUAUGGCGCUGGAUACACUAACAUCUUGUGGCACAUGAUGUAUGCAGCAGUCGGAUUCAAAUGAAAGAUGAAACUACUGAUGGUAAAACUUUCUGUAGUGUAGGGACAGAUUGUGAUACGGCUGCCAAUAAUGUGGCAGAUGGAGAACAUUUAUCUACGAUUAAUGAAUUAAUGAUAAGAUGGAUUGGUUUGUGUUGGCCCAAUCAAAGCCUUGAGCUGAC